UGAAGGAUCUGGAGCUCACAAACUCAUUCACACACACGUCUGGGAGGCGACUUGGCAUGCUGUGAGCCCAAAUAACUGAUGACAGUGGAGAAAAGAGCAUUUCUUAUGAAUGAGUGAGUCAGAAGUGACUCGGUCAAGCAUCGCUGGAUUGGUUGGAUCCCUAAAGCAGGACUGGUUACAGAACCUUGUCACUUCGCAUGUAGUCAAUAGUGUAGACUGGGGUGUACGAUUAGAAAUUCGGAUUGAGUUCACUCCUGUGUUUGUGCAAAGUAGAACGAUUCAAUAGAGAUUUCUGCGCAAGGGCGAAGAGCAAAGUCCAGGGGUCCUGUAAGGUGCUGAGCAUGUCUUUUGCAAUGGUGCGACCAACCCCAAGUCAUUUCUUGUGCUCUGAGAUCAGCAUGCACUCCGAGGAUGAUGACAACGGCAGUGAGGGUUCUGGAUCUGAUGACAAGUCCUUCCGAAUGGCCGGCCACGGCUAUGGCGCAUUUAAGUUGGGUGCUCGCAAAAAGAGGUAUGGCUGCCGACCGGUAGCAGCUCCCAGCGAGCUCCGUUCUCAGAUCGUGGAGAUACACCAGCGGAAUGCCGCGAACGCCCGAGAGCGGGAUCGCACAAACAGUGUGAACACAGCAUUCACUGCUCUGAGAACGCUCAUACCUACCGAACCAGCUGACAGGAAGCUGUCUAAGAUUGAGACGCUGCGGUUGGCCUCCAGCUACAUCUCGCACCUGGGGAAAGUGCUGCUGGUUGGAGAGGAGUGUGGAGAUGGCCAACCUUGCCUCAGGAGCUCGGGAGCCUUGUCUCAUCACCUCCACAACCUUCCAAAGAGCUCGACACUCAGCCCGGACUUAGAAAACUCGCAGCCCAGACAGAUCUGCACAUUCUGCCUUAGUAACCAGAGACGGCUGAACAAAGACAGAGAAAGAAAAACUGCAUUAAGAAGUUAAUGAUGAGGAGAAGAGAGAGUAAAAGAGCAUUUCCAUCACAUCUGCCUGAAGGAUCGUACUGAACAUUUAGUGUAAAUUUGCUGUAAAUAAGCUGUUUAAUUGAAUGGUGGACAGCGUCAUAAUGGACAACUACACUGCAUUCAGCACUUCCAUAUUUAGAAGCAAAAAACUAUGUGAAUUUCAUCAUAACCUCUUUUUUGUUUUAUAUAGAGGUGAUAUACUUUUAUACAUAAGUGAUAAGGAUGAAGAGGAUGAUUUGUAAUUUAAAAACAGCAAAAGAAAAAAUGAAAGAAAAAAGGGACUUGCUUGCUAACCCGCAAAGAAUCUGUUUGUGUUCUUUUGAGUUUGUCUAUGAUGCAUAUAUUUUGUAUGCACUACACUGAACUUUAUUUACAAAUGUCAAAACAUAGGCUUUUUUUCCUAUCAGAACAUAUUCCUAUAGUACGAUCAAACAUUAAUGUCAAGGAGUUGUUUGUUAUUCUGUAACAAUUAUUGUUAUUUUAAUUUAUUUAUGCCGAUUAAAAUUUCAAAACAUUGUUUAAACCAAAUAAUGUAUAUGUCUGGGUUGAAAAAUCUUGAGUUUGAGGGCUUAAAUGAAUUCAGACAGACUGUGAGAGGUCUGCAAGAGUAACUGAGAAAGAGAUUGAAAGAUGAACGGGAAGGGAGUCAGUAAGUCUUGAUGAGAUCUGCAGGUAGAUUGCAUUUGGCAGACAGUGUUCUCUAUUUUACCUCUGCCCACAAGCUCUUACUCACAUUCUAACAUACACACACACACACAAGCACACUAGCAACACCCCCGCGCCACCCCCCAGUGAUUUUAAGGUGUUGAAAUGCAAUCAGCAGCAAAAGAGAACUAAUUUUGCUAUAUGUGAGCGCCAUCUGAGAGACUGUUUCAUAGAGCGCGGGAGUAUUGAACCAAGAUAUUUUUGCCACUAUAGGCCUUGAACAGUUAUAUACACACUUGUAUGUGUCAAAAUGCCGUCUUUGCAAGUGAAAGCACACAGCUGAGAAAGAAAGCACGUGUAACAGUAUAUUGGAU